AAAAGUGACUUUCCGAACGAACCGCGUCUCUAGACGAGCCGUCGCUACGGCGAAUUUUCUCGCCAGAAACAAGAAGGAAGUCCGGUGAAGCUAAAUAUCUGGGCGGACCCCCUUGUUUUGAGCUGAUUGAAAGUGAAAGCAACGGCGGGCUGAGUUGGGCUGGGCUUGGCCUGGAGGGCUUCCUGUGCCGCCCUCCGUUGCCUAAGUGGCACGGAGCGUCGACCUCAAGCUGGAGAAGGAACUGACCCUCGCCUUCAGCACCAUGUACGCCUUGAGGGAAAGACAGGAUGAGGUGGAGCUAGAAAAAAGUGUCCGCCGACUACGUGAGAAAUUCUAUGGAAAAGUGAGCAUCACAGAUGCUGUGAUUCUGAUGCGGACCUUCCACAACAAUCAUGACCUAGUCUGCAAGUACAUCAUCCUUGAUAUAAAAAAAACAGAAGGUAUAGAGACGGAAGAUGAAAAGAAGCUCAGUGGUGAUCCAAUAGCAUUGAAAGUAGUGAAUAAGCUGAAGGAAGAAGAGGAACAGCUCAAACAGGACACAAGGGGCAAGGAUGAUAAGAAAAUUAAGGAAGUUGCUAAACAGCUGAUGCCCCUGACAAAGGAGAACUUACAGAUGUUCAACAAUGCCGAAAACAAUCGCAUCCCUCCAGUUGUUCGCCAGUUUUCCUGCCAACCCUGUGACCAAAUGUGGUGGCGUCAGGUCCCAGAAAGAAAACAGGUGUCCCGUUGUCACCGAUGUGGGACCCGCUAUGAUCCAGUGCCAUACGAUAAAAUGUGGGGCACAGCAGUGUUUAAAUGCUCAUCAUGUGGCCAUACUUUCAGGGGAUCAGCUCAGAUGGGGACACCAUCGCCUUGCUUCCAGUGCCAUACACCUGUAUUACCAAGCUUUAUCCUCCCACCUCGAAAGCUCCCAGGACCCCGAGGCAGACAGCAGCAUUCUUGCUUUGCAGAAGAUUGCUACAACCGAUCAGAGCCUCAUGUUCCUGGAACCAGUUGUGUUCAUCCACGAAGCCGGAUGAAGAAUCACUUGCCAAAAGUCAUCCAUCCCAGCCAAGAGCACGAUAGCACUGGUUCCACAGUAAACACUUGCAUUAGCCAAGGCAGCUUGGCAUGUUUGGACAUUGAUGACCUCAUCUUAGAGGAUCUGAAAGAACAGGAUGAGGAGAACGAUAGCGAGGGCAGCAAUUAGCCAUCGGUAGGCUUGAGAUGCCAAUCAUCUUGCAGGAGAUGGACAAAAAAUUGCAAAUUAGGGAAAGUGGCACUUGUAUGAAAUCUUACUUUAUAUUCUCCUGAGCUCUGUGCCUGUCUGUUCUAAUCAUGAAAAGCAAUUUGCUUCAAGUCCAAUCUGACACUAUGACAAAGAUAUGACAGAAACUGGAGAGGCUUUGUCAUCACCAUGAAGCUCAUAGACCUGCACUUCAUGCGACCAAAACAUUAAAGAUCAUGGAAUUGGAGGACCCCUGUGGCAAACAAUAAGCCAAUUGAUGAAGGGAAUAAUUAUCAUUGUGAUACGUUUUAAUUCUUGAGAUAUAAGACCAAAUAUUUUUCUUAAUUAAAAAGGGCAAGCAAUUACCCUAAAAAGUACUUGCAUAAUAAUAGUAAUACUAUUGAAGUAUUAGUUAUACCUACCAUAUAUAAACAUUUUUUCUCUGUAUAUAUUAGAGAAUUAUCCUUUUUAAAGGGCAUCGGGGGUGGGGGGGUGGGGAGCUAAUAUAUACAGUGCCUUACAAUUGACAGCAUACUUUCUGAUUCUAAAAUGGAAAGCAUUAGUAUGUCUCCUACUGUGCAGAUUUUUUGUUAAAUCAGCGAUGAAUGCCCAUAACAAAAUUGCAAUGUAUCUUUGGUUGCCCUGAUAUAUUAAAAUGCAAAUUAAAAUAUUUUUCCUAUGAAGACAUCAGAUUUCACCAACAAAGUAAACCUACUAUUAAUCUAAGAUCAGUCAGAAGUUGCCUACUAUACCGCCUGAGGGGAUGUUAAGAAGCUCACAAUAUCUUGACUGCAACCAUUAUCUUGGAAUGACUAAGUGGAACAGCAGUUCUUUAAGAAACAUAAGGGUUGGUUUGAAGAGACAAAUGUCCCAGAU